AUCAACUUCUCCGCCAUCGUUGUCCCUGGGUAUGCACGCGAGAGGAGAAACCGAGCAGCAGCGCCUUCCAUCAUCAUCACUUUCUGUACGCGAGCAGCCGCGUCAUCUCUGGUCGAGCUUCGCCGGACAACCACCGUCGACCGGCAGCCACUACGUGAUGAGCAGUUUCACGCUUGAACAGCCGCGAGAAGCCAUCUCAGGACGAGAACGGCAGCCCUUUCAAAUUAUCAGCACCAUCCCGAUCAUCUUUGUUCGCGCAAGAAACAGGUCCGGCGAGUCCGUCCCGUUCGUUGUUGGUGUGAACCAGCAGCCCUGUUGUCAGAAUAUCAUCACGUGUUCAAUAAUUUUGAACUUUCUCAAUGUUCAGAUGUCGCCACGUAGGGAACCCGAUCAUCCGGCUCCUACUCAGGCUACAGUGGUCGCCCAGUUCCGCGACUAUCAUGCCGAAAAGUUCUCAGGGCAGGGAGAUCCUCGCAUAGUAGACGAGUGGAGUCAGGGCCUGGAGUUUAUCUUCGAGGUCAUGGAGUGCCGUGAGAGAUAUCGCGUCAUUUGCGCUCAGCUUCAGCUCACCGGUGAUGCCAGGCUCUGGUGGAACGCUUACUGGAGCAUGCGUCCCGGUGAGAAGGCGGGAUGUACGUGGGAGAUGCUCAAGGAGUUAAUCCGCGAGAAGUACUAUCCCACAUACUACCGAGCAGAGAUGGAGCGUCAGUUUCUAUCGCUCCAGCAGGGUACUCGUACUGUUGACGAGUACGAGAGGGAAUUCACGAGACUUGCAGCUUUCGUUCCUGAUUUGGUCCGCACGGAGGCCCAGCGAGCACAGCGUUUCAUUGACGGGCUUUACCCAGCAGUCCGUCAUAACAUC